AUGCAUGAAGAAGAACAACUUCAUGAUGACAAAAAGACAGGCAGUGACGCCUUACAACAGGCUGGAGAAGUACUUGGCCAGUGUGCUCAAAGUGCAAUGGAUGUUGAAGUUCUUUGCAUGGAUCAUUUAAGAAAAAGUAGUGAUACUAGAGACUCCACUUCUGAAGCUGCAACUCUAUGUAAACCGGGAAAAACCCAUGCAUUGAUAAGAGAUGAAGCUCAAGUUUUAUCAAGUGCUGAUCCUAAAGCAACAGAAACCCCUCAUUUAGGCAGAUCACUUCCUUAUUUGGACUUGUCUGUUAUCCCCACUGAUUCAUGUGGCACUGUGGAAUGCAAUGUUGACUUAAACUUGAGGUCUCAGAAGCAACCUGACCUGGCUGCGCCAAAAACUAUGUGGGACUCCUUGGAUUCUACUAGCAGAAAUAAUGCCACUGUAUUGCAUGAACUGUCUCCUCCAGAAAUGUCCGCUGUGUGA